CCGAAAUUGCUGAGAGAAGGAAGUUCGCUAAGUUAGCAACAAGCAGUGGCCGUAGAAUUAUGCGAAUACAUAGUAUCUUAUUGUGAAAAAAAGACAAAAAAAUAAUAAUACCGGUGUAUCUAAGACCAACAGCCGCGGUCGCAACAAUCUUGUCAACUCAACGUGGUAACUAAGGGACCGCCAUGCAACAACCUUUGGACACGUCGCCUGCUUUGGCUUUUGAAAAAGACGCUUUUCAGCUUACAGUCGAAGAUGUAUAUGACAUUUCAUACGUGAUCGGUAGAGACCUGCUGAAAAUUAGUAACGCGGGAGAAGAAGUGUCUGAACUGCAAUUCAAAAUUGUUCGGGUCCUUGAGAUGUUUGAAAUUUUGGUGAAUAAGUACAAUCUAACACUGGAAGAGCUAAAAAUGGAACGAGACAAUUUAAAAAGUGAAUUGGAGAGAAUCCUGGGUGACGAUUCAACUGGACAGGGAACGCAAUUGCUGGGGCCGAACAAGUUGGUGGUAGACCUGAAGGACCCAAACCGGCCACGCUUCACCAUGCAGGAGCUGAAGGAGGUGCUACAGGAGAGGAACCAACUGAAGGCCCAGCUGCUGGUGGCUCAAGAGGAGUUGCAACUCUAUAAGAGUGGGAUUUUGCCUCAGGCUGAGCCAUCCAUGGUUGAAGUGGACCUGGAUUCUCCAUCCUCUGCUGACUCCACUGCUGUCACCAAAGAAGAGGCAAAAGACGAGCAGAAAGAGGAGAAGACCACCAUCAGAAGGCUAUUUUCAUUCAGAAGAAAACAGUGAAGACCCAACUCAAUUGAAGAUGGAACAUAUUGUAUGUAAUGAAGAUUUUAUACAUUUUUGUACAUUGUAAUGAACAGUAUUUCAGUAUUUCCCGAUGUAUAGAAAUGAGGAAAGACCUGAGAGAUCCCCAAUCCUCAGAGCCAUUACUGGAGCAUUUGUAGCUUUGUAAUUUAUGAACGGUGAAGUACUUCUGUGCUUUUCUCGGUAACAUUUAACCUUAAAAACAGUCACCUUUCACACUUCUGAUGAAGCAGUAUUGUAAACAUUUUAAUCUGCUGUUCUCUUUAUAUGGGUGACCAACUAAAUACCAUGGAGGAUUAUACAGACAUGUCUGCAAUAACUAAUGUUGCCAUUUCACCGACACAGGACGUCAGGAUUCUUGUAGUGUUUCUCAUUAAUUAUACAAACAUUCGAGCAUAUUACAAAUUCGAUCAAAUUACAUUUUAAAACCGUUUUGUUUUAACUACAUUUUGGAAUUUUAAUGAACUAUGUGAGAUUAGGGGGGAUAUUACUGCUGGUAGGCUGUGUGGACUCAUUUCCUAUUAAACCACUGCUAGGACUGUCUUUUUUUGAAAUGAUUGUAAUGUUGAUUACUACAAUUUUUAAAUGGGUUUAUAUAGGUAAAACAGAAGACCACUUGUAUAAAAAUUUUAAUAAUACACCUCAACCAGAAGUUGCAUCUUAAUGCUUUCCUGUGAAGCAUUUGGUUGUGGACAUUUAACAGCUUUGUGUGUUAAGAAAGAUUUUGUUCAAGUUCAUAAAAUAAUUACAUAACAUAUAGGCAUCAUUUA